CUCCAGCUGGGCCUGCAGCCCACUAACCAACGUUUAGGAGCCAGCAUUAGACUCCCAGCAGGGCUCUGCGUUGUAUGUAUGGUUUCAUAAAAAGAAUAACUAAGGCAGUGCAUAGAUUGAUCCCCACUGUAGGUGCACGAGCGGGAGCCCUCGGGUGUCGGGCUGUGGACAGGCGUGGCAGGGGGCUGGUCCAGGCGCACCGAGCGAUGAACAACAUCAGGAUCUUUUGACUUGGUGUCAGCGGAGGCCCCGAAACAGUGUGACAAAGGAAGCCCGGUGACCGGUACGUUGUAGUUAAUACAUCUGCGUCUUCUGAGGACGGAUGUGGGUGUGGCGCACCCCCACAGAAGACACGGUCCUGGGGAUGAUGCACUGAGUUUUCCAAACCCACCCCUGGUUGAAAGACAGCAACUGCAAAACAGUAAAAGAUGAGCAAGUCGCCCACCCCCAAAGGCACCCCGGUGCAGCGCAGCCCUAGUGAUGGGGUCCCUGAGGGCCUCCUGUCUCCUCAGCAUUCCACACCCAGCUCCGGACCCCAGCAUAAGAAACGCAUCUCCAGCCUCCUUCAGAGUCCGUCAUUCAGGGAGGAGCUGGAUGUGUUGAUCCAGGAACAGAUGAAGAAGGGGGGCAGCUCAUCCAACCUGUGGGCGCUGAGACAGCUAGCUGAUUUCAUGGCCUCGCAUGGCGCCCCCGCCGCCCUGCCUGUCACCCCCUCUAACAUGAUGAUGGUAACUCCCAUCAAUGACCUGCAGGGCUGGGAGCCUGGCAGCAUGGUGAAGGGGGAGAGGUUGAUGCGCUGCAAGCUGGCUAGCGCCCAUCGGCUGUUUGACCUGUACGGCUGGGCCCAGAUCAGCCGCAGCUGUCUCACUCUGCGUGUCAGUAAAGAACAGGAACACUUCUUGGUGCUUUCAGACGGCCUGGCCUACAGUGAGGUGACUGGAUCCAGUCUGGUAAAGGUGAACAUCCUGGGUGAGGUGGUGGAGAAAGGCAGCACCAACCUGGGCGUGGACCCAGAGAAGUUCAGCCUGCACUCGGCCAUCUACUCCGCCCGGCCAGAUGUUCGCUGUCUGCUUCACCUCCACACUCCGGCCACGGCUGCGGUUUCAGCAAUGAAGUGCGGCCUCCUGCCUCUGUCCCAUGAGGCCCUGCUGGUCGGUGACGUGGCUUAUUACGACUACAACGGAGUCAUGGAGGAGGAGGAGGACAGAGUGGAGCUGCAGAAGAGCCUGGGCCCAACCUGUAAGGUUCUAGUGCUGAGGAAUCACGGCAUCAUGGCUCUGGGGGAGUCUGUGGAGGAGGCCUUUUACACUAUCUACCACAUCCAGGCUGCCUGCCAGAUCCAGGUCUCAGCUUUGUGCUGUGCCGGUGGUGAACAGAACCUGACUCUUCUGGACCGGACCAUCCAUAAACCCAUUGUAGCCGGCACUGUCGGCUGGGCUGGCUCCACCUUUGGACCCCUGCAUAAGAGCCGCGUCGGGGAGCACGAGUUUGAAGCCCUCAUGAGAACCAUGGAUAACUUGGGCUACCGUACAGGCUACGCCUACCGGUUCCCCGUGCUGCUGGAGCGUUCGCGGAUACGGAGGGAGGUGGAGGUGCCUGCGACUGCCACGGCUUUCCACCAGUUUGAUGACGACGGAGUGCACCCGGCUCUGAGGCAGCACCCUUUUGCUCAGCGCCAGCAGCAGGAGAGGACUCGGUGGCUCAACACCCCCAACACCUACCAAAAAGUCAACCAGGAGCAAGCCAGCCCGGGUCAGCGCACCACUUGGUUGAAGGCAGAAGAGGUGACACAAGCUGGCAGCACAGCCAUCAAGAUAGAGACCACCAACCAGUUUGUGCCUCUUUUCACCAACCCUCAAGAGGUGAUUGAGACACGAAACAAGAUCCGACAGCAGAAUCGUCAGGACAUGAAGACCGCAGGACCACAGUCUCAAGUCCUCGCCAGUGUAAUAACAGUCGACAGUCCUCCGUCUCCAGUCAGCCCACCUGAAGUCCCACCAGGGCCAGAACCUCCCAACCCCUUCAAUCAGCUGACAGACCAGGAGCUGGAUGAAUACCGCAAAGAGGUGCAAAGGAAACAGGAUGGAGGGACCAACGAAGGGGAGGAGGUGGAGAAUGACAAGGUGUCUCUCCCCGCUAACUCCCCCACAAAGGGCCCCCCUCCCAGCCCCCCUCCUGUGUCAGGGCACACUUCUGAAGAGGCAAAGACGGACCCUCCAGCCAUACAGAACGGCAGCGAGGAGGAGAAGCAGACGACAGAGGAGCUGGAGAAAGGGAUGAAGGCUCUUUCAACCAACGACACCACCUCCACACCUGCUGCUCCUCUGCCCCCUAAACCUCAAGGCGGCACCCCGGAGGGCUCACCCUCCAAGUCCCCGUCCAAGAAGAAAAAGAAGUUCAAGCCGCCGUCGUUCCUAAAAAAGAGCAAGAAGCAGAAGGAGAAAGCCGAGACCUGAGGCGUUCGUGCACACCUGGCCAACACCUGAAAGAUUUCGUGGUGAAUGCCGGAGUAAGCAGAUGAGUCAACCACACCAGAUCUGUUCAAUCACAGUCAGUUAACAUGUCACUCACAGACACGCUGUACGAAAUUUCCUGCUACACUGGUACUCACUGAUCUGAUCUAAGAGGUGAUUCAUCUUCAGCACGUUAAAACACACUGAUUAUUUCACAUGCUAUUACCCAGGUCGGAUACAACCCAAUAUUUUGACGCGCACACACACACACACACAAACACACACACACACACACACACACACACACACACACACACACACACAGAGUUCCUGCAUUACUCAUGUCUUAUUUCCACCUGUUGUGCUAUGAAACAAUUCAUUAACUUCACUCUAUAGGCAUUCAAACACUUUCCUUUCUAAAACUGGGAUUGCUAGUGUGGUCGUGUGCACUUGUCGCUCCGAAUUUGUUUCAUACCAUUUUUUUUAAAUCCACAACUUUGCAAGACACAGUGGAAAUUGAAGUCUCCUUGAGUUAUGCACCUCUUAUAUAUGUAUAGGCACUUGACAUAUGUAUAUGGACAUUCUAGUAUGUUGCAUUUAUUCAUCAUCAUAGGCAUUCUAGUCUUCUAGUCAUGGUUUAGUUCUAAUUCUCAGAUAGAUGUUGCAGGUGUACUGUGUGCAGUACAUGUAGAAAUAUACUGAUAGCUACUGAUUGUGCUCUUCUGAAUGCUGGUUUUGUGUAAAACUAUCAACCUAUUGACGUUAUUGCAGCAGGAAAGAACAAAGAAAAAAAGAAAGCCAGGAAAUAUGCUGACUCGCAACAAAACACAAGUCGCUAUAAAUGCCUCUGCUACCCCAAAACAGGAUAUAGCAUUAAAUCAAUUUUUGCUUGUCAACGCAGUUUGAAACCCAGUAACAGAAGAUACUGAAGGUACUCAACAUUCCACUUUCCCGCCAUUUUCUUUUAAAUGUAUGUAUGUGUGAAAAUUCCUCUUAAGAGUUGUGAUUACGUUCUGUCUUAACCAGUAGCUGUUAUCAAAAUGCUGAUGUGUGAUGUUUGCUCAUGGUUUUAAUUUAUUUUAUAUUACAAUGUAUAAGUGAGUGUUGCAAGGUUACCAUGUAUCAGUCAUUAAAGAUCAAGUUUGAUUUAAAACCAACAG